AUGAAUAAUGCGCGAACUAGAAAAAUUUUUAGUUUGUUGCAAACCAAAACUCCAUUAGAAGAAGCUUUAGACCAUGAUGUGAUUUUUGAUACAACUUCCUGUGGCCAAAAUAAAACAAACUUUGAAAAGACUAUGAAUGCAACAGACAGCACAGCCGAUACAAAAGAAAUCACAAUAUUACAAAAUGUGGUUAUAGUCUGUGAGUCUAAGACCCUUAAGAUAAAAGAAAAUAAUGUUGACUAUUCAAUAAUUGAAUCAAAGAACUCAGAGGAGCAACCGAAGAACCGAGAACCUGUGACUGAAACAAUAAAUUGUCCAACAACAAAUAGAAUUUCAGAAGAUGUAAACCUGUUUGAAACUAUAGACGACGACGAUCCUGAUUACAUUCCUAAAAGUGAAAAUGAAGAGUCCAAGAUGGGGGAGAUGGAUAAAGAAGAAAUUUCAAACGUCUACCAUCCAGAACAGUGUAAUAAAAUUACUCCACGACCAUUAAAGAAGCUUACUAAAAAAGAAGAAAGAGUUAAGCUAAGAAAUACAGGUGUUAAGUAUGUAAACAGUAAAGGGAGGACAAUGCCAAGCAAGAAAGUAUUGGGGAAUCCAUGUUUAGGAAAAAAAUGUCUUAAUAUGUGCGUGUCAGUAAAAAAUGUCAAGCGGCACACAAAAUCUAAAGGCCAAGUCACUAGAACAAUAAGCAACGAGUAUAGUCAACAUAAAGGCAAUACCAAAGUACGAGUGUGUCAGCAGUUUUUAUUAAAAACCCUCAACAUAUCUCAAAGAAUCAUCAGAUCUAUGAUACUAGAGAAUACAGAUUUAGAAAAAUUUCAUACUCCUGAUAAACGCGGACACUAUACUCCCCACAAUAAAGCUUCAAGUGAACAAGUAGAAAUUUUCAAGAAAUUUGUAGAAUCACUUCCUGCUGUACCAAGUUAUUACUGUAGAAGUUGUUCUACUAAAAAAUACUUACCAUCAGACGUCAAAAGUUUCAACAAUUUGUACAAGAUUUUCGUUGAAAAAUAUUCGAAAAAUAGUACAUUUCCUCCAUUAAAAAGAUCUUGGUUCUUAAAACAUCUUAAGACUGACUACAACAUUGGCAUUCAUGUGCCUAGAAAAGAUAAGUGUUCGAAAUGCGAAACAUUUAACAAUUUAGGAGAUACUAAGACUAAAGAAAACGUAAAAGAAUAUGAAAAACAUAUCCAGGAAAAAGAUGCUGCUAAAAAGAUUUAUCUACAGGAACAAGCAAUGUCGGGCAAGGAAGAUUUAUUGGUGGUAAGCUUUGACUUACAAAAAGUUUUGGCAACUCCACACGGUGAUUCGAUGUUAUUAGGAUUUUCUAGAAAAUACGCAGUUUAUAACUUCACAACGUAUGAAUCUGGAACACAAAGAGGAAUUUGCUACAUAUGGGGUGAGAAAGAUGCAAAGAGGGGUCCCAACGAAAUUGCUUCUAAUUUAUUCCACUACUUACAAAAAGUAGAUAAUGAAGGAAGAUUUAAAAGCUUGCAACUACAAAAAAAUUUGCAAAUUAAAAUUUUCGGCACUAAGAGAUUAACAUUUACGAAAGACAAUGCUGUAGUCUACACAAGUUCAUUUUUGGAGGAACAAAACAAAUCUGUGCAGUUAACGAUUCAAGCCAAAAGUAGGCUACUGCCAUGUUAUAAAGGGGAACUGCCAAUCGCCAAAAACAAAUAUAAGAACUUAAAAUCUCUUUGUGACUCCCUAACAAUUAGAAAAGAAUUUCAUCACGAAUACUUGUUACUGAAAACAAGUAAUACAGUAGCUGACGUUUUAGAAGAAACGGAUGAUGAAGAUGAAAUUUAA